AUGGUGGUGACAAAUUCAGAGUACGACAAGUGUGGAUCAGCUCAGCCUCUCUUCUUCUCCAACAAUGGCGACACCACCUUCGUAUUAGACAGGCCGGGUUUAUUCUACUUCAUCAGCGGCGUGACCGGCCAUUGUCCCAAGGGGCAGAAGAUGAUAGUCAAGGUUUUGGACGUGGAAAAUUCAUCUGAUGAUGAUCAACAAUCUGGAAAUCAAACUGCUGCAGAAGACACCAAGAAGAAAAGUGAUGCUACUCAGGUUUUGGGUCAUUGGAGUUUACCUAGCUUCAUGGUUUUGUUCAUUGUUGGGUAUCAUAUCAUGGGUUGA